AUGACCUCAGACGAAGAGAAACUUCAAAAGUUUCUUGAUCAGAACAACUUGACCAGCUUCAUCCGUCUUCAAUGGAUCGACUACUCCGGCGUUCUCCGCGUCCGCUUCGUACCUGUUGCUCGAUGUUUGGAGAUUGCUCGAGGAAAUGAGCAAUACCUGAUCCCGCAAGUGAGCAUGAUCAUACCAAUUUCAACGGCGCCAAGAUGCUUUCCAACUGGCAAUCAUCUUGAAACCUGGGAGCUGCGCCCCGACUGGUCUUCGCUACGCUGCUGCGGGUUCAGGCCAAGCCAUGCGUCUGUCAUGUGUUUCGUGGAACACAAAGAGGCCGAAGAUACACAUAGCAAGUGCCCACGCGCGCUCUUGUCUCGUGCACUAAAGCAGCUGGAGGAAAAUUGGGAUACAAAGGCACUGGCUGGCUUUGAGAUUGAGUGUAUGCUCCUGGACCAUAAUUCCCAGCCGCUUGAUCAAUUAGAUCGGUUGAACAGCUAUCAAACAACCGCUGGACUGCGCGGCCAGACGCUGGACAUAGUCGAGGAGAUUAUUGACAGUCUCAAACGAUCAUCUAUCAAUAUCCAUCACUUCCACACCGAAACGCAUGAUCAGAUCGAAUUUGCCCUCAGUCCCGAGCCACUACUCGAUGCCAUCGAUUCAUUUGUCCUAGCACAGGAAACAAUCCGUACAGUCUUUGUUCGACACAAUAUCAAGGCAACCAUGGCUCCUAAGCCACUCCUGAAUGGACCGACGAAUGGCACCCACCUGCAUAUGUCCGUUGACAAACUAGAAACGAGGCACACGGACAGCUUUCUCGCAGGAAUUUUGAAUCACAUGGGGUCUCUCUGUGCCUUCGGAAUGGCCAACUAUGACGGCUAUGUUCGAACCACCAAAGACGCAGCUGGUGAGUGGGUCGGAUUUGGUACCGAGAACCGCGACCUGCCUGUGCGUAACAUAAGUGAGAAACACUGGGAAUUUCGUAUGAUGGACAGCACGUCAAAUCCGUACCUGUUCGCCGCGGCUGUUCUUUUAUCUGGCUUGAAUGGGCUCGGCAAAAACUUGGUUCUUGACUGGGAAGAUUGUACUGUUUUCCCCCAGUCGCUGGACAAUGGAGGACGUGCUGAAUAUAGACUGGUCAAAAGGAUGCCGAGAAGUCUGCAGGAAGCACUGGACUUACUGAAGGCAGAAUCCAGUGGGAAACCCAUCGUACCGAAAGAUUUACUAGAUGCUUACAUUCCAGUGAAGGAGAAGGAGGUUGAAGAAUUUCUUAAAAUGCCGGACGAUCAGCGGCGGUUACGGUUCCUAGAGUAUUUCUGA